AUGGCAAAAAGAAGAAAUUCAAAAAGUUCCUUUUAAUUAGCUGCCAACUUGGAAACCAAGUGAAUUCAUUAGAACUGAUUAUCAGAUCGUGGGCUAGAACAAACAAGGUGAACUCUGGCCAGAGGCCUAUGCAAUCUCCUGGUCACGCUCCCAGCUUUGGAAGCAGAGGAUUUAAGAUGGGGAACCCAGCCAACUUAUCAGGCAGACUGACUCAGCCCAUCAGUAGGAGUUGCCAGUGUUGGAGCUUGUCCUCGUGGUUAUGAGUCUAGAAGGUAUCACUCUGGCUGCCCACAGGCUUCCUUGAGCUCAGCGUAGUUAGACUGAGCAGGUGUGAAAUGCCUACUUUGAAGCAAAUCAGAAAGAAGUUGGUUAUUUUAUAACUACCAUGCCACUACUGGAUCAAUAGGCAUAUCUUGUCAGGCAGGUCAGUAUCGUAACUCAAAGGAUCCAACACUGGAUAGACCUAGCAGUUUGCAGUACACCUUCUGGCUAUGUAAGCUAGCCAGCACGCAGAGUUUCUCCUCACUUUGAGGUUGAUUUGUGUGUGUGUCUGUAUCCAUGGGUUUGCCUUAUUGUUAGCUUAAAACACAUGAACAGGUGAAAAUUGUUCCUGCCCACUGGGUGUGAAGAGCAGUUUAAGAUUGAGUUUCUUGCUUUAAAGGAAACCUCUAAUUUCUAAAAGUAACCUAACCAUUAAGAAAAGAGUUAAGAACAAAUUAAUGCUGCGUGAGAACUUCCGUGGAAGGCAAGGGUGUUCCCACACACCCAGUUAACACUCAGAGCUUGGUUUCCAUUUUCUAGGAAUGUGACUCUUCUGGCCAGGCUCCAGCAGUACAGCAAUGGGGAGAAUAGUAUGUUUUCAAAGGGAUGGGGAAGUGCUUCUGGGAUAGGAGUGGGGAGAGGGGGCAGACGCCUGGGCUCUGUGAAGGUUGAGGGAGGUAGGAGUCCAGAGAGCUCGGUAGGAAGGUAAGGAUGACUUUCCUACCAUGCAGUAAGAGGAGGCUUGCUAGCCGGAGCUCUGAACGGCCCUCUUCUUUGCAAGAAUUCUUCCUUUCUCAGAUGUUGAGAGGGGCUGCAUAAAUGCAGGCAUUAGAAUGUGUGCAGCACACCCUGGGUACCAUUCUCUACCAUCCUCUCCUCUUCCAUACCCAGGCAGCGUGGGUGGUGGUACCCAGUGCUGGACACCACGAGGGCUUGAGGGCGGAAGAUGGUAGGGAAGUGUCCUUGACUCACUGGGAGAAAGGGAAGGAUCGGAUGUUCUAAGUCAUCCUCUGCUACAAACCCUGUCUUAGCCCCUUUAUGAGUUCACGUGUGUUUGUGUGGGGGUGUGUGCAUGUGCAUGCAUGUGUGAAGGCCAGAGGACAACCUCAGCUGGUGGUCCUCAGGCACAUCUACCUUUUAGUAAUUUUGUUAGUUUUGCACAGUCCUUAAACUUUUUUUUUAACUAUGUGUAUGUAUGUGUGUCUGUGUGUGUGCUGUGUGUGUGCAGGUACCCAUGGACGCCAGAAGAGGAGAUCAGCUCACCUUGGAACUAGAGCUAUAGAUGAUUGUAUCUCUCCACAUGGCUGCGGAGGAAGCCACCCUCACAGUUCGCCUCAUCCGUUCAUUUGAGCAUCGGAAUUUCAAACCUGUAGUGUAUCAUGGAGUAAACUUGCAUCAAACUGUAAAGGAAUUUAUAAUAUUUCUAAAGCAAGAUGUCCCUUUGAGGACCAGCCUGCCACCGCCCCUCAGAAAUUACAAAUACGAUACACUAAAGAUUCUUCAUCAAGCUCACAAAGCAAAGACAAAUGAGCUUGUGUUGGGUUUGGAGGACGACGACACACUCCUGCUAAAGGAAGACAGAACACUGAAGGACUCAGGAGUAGGAGUUGGAGAAGAAGGGCCGGGCCGGAAGGGGGACGGGGAGAGCAGACCAAGACUCCGUUCCUCUACAGCCUUCCGCUCUACUGGGACCCUGUGCUACCUUCCACACUGGACACAGGCACCCAUUUUUGUUUGUGGACUUGUAUGAAUAAAAUAAUUUGCUUCGGGGCUGGGAAGCUCACUUGCUGAGCAUGAACAUUUGUCAAGGACCUGAGGUCCCUAGCACCCAUGUAGAAAGGUGGGUGUGCCCACCCACACUCACCUAUAAUCCCAGAGCUGUUGGGACAAAGACAGGAGAUUGCUGAGGCCUGCCCACCGCCAGCCUAGCCCAGGUUAACUGAGAGACCUCAAAUAAGGCAGACUGAUGGGACAGGACAUCAGCACCCUUCUCUGACCUCUAUGUGCAAUGUAUGCAAAUAUCACACACACCUAUGGACACACAUCAGAAAGAGAAAUACGAUUUCCUCCAGGAAGGAAGGGGGAGUUUGGCCAAGACAUAUAACUUAUAUGACUUAAAGGUUGUCCUUGAUCAUUUGGUGAAGUUUUGAGGACUAAUUCACCUCAGAAAGAAAAGCAUUUGUAGGCUUCUGCAGCGAUAUUUUAUGUUUCAUUUUUCUCUGUGUGUCUGCUGUUCCCCUUAGAAUCUGUUCUGUUUUGAGAAGGACUCCGUGCCUUAGUGGCGCUCAUAGGGCAGCUCGAGCUUUACUGUAAAGAAAGUGGGGCACACCAGCGCUGCGACUCUGGGGAAGGGCUCGCACCAACCUUGUUCUGUAAUAAUCCCGUGACUCCCCUGGGGUUAGUUUUCAUUUUACAUGUCACUUCUGCCAUCAUCUUCCUGCCCCCACCCCCACCCUCAACCUCUCCAUCACACCAACUUACAGAAGUGCUGUGGAUGGCCCUGGCUCCCACUGCUUCACAGGGUGGGACUUAGAUCCUUCAGGUUCAAGGCCCUUUCCCGUCCCUUUCUUGGGGACUAAUAUCUUGGGAUAGACAAGUUUGCUUUCCUGGUAUUGUCUCAGUGGCUCUUCUUCAUAUUAAUAUUCUAACAGUGACCGACUAGACUUAGUAAUGCUGGCUGGGUUCUAAAAAGAUCCACAGUACACCCUUACAGACCCGAAUGUGUGUGUGUGCACAUGUGUCCUUGUGAGUGCAGAGGCCAGAGGACAGCGUCAAUGGUUGUUCUUCGGGGGCUGCCUGCUCUGCUUUGCUGAGACAGGGUCUCUCACUAGCCUGGAAAUCAUCAAGCAGACUAAUGAGCCCAGGGCACCACCCAGGCCUCCACAGCACUGGGAUUCGAAGCACUUGCCACCAAGCCUGGCCUUUUUCUGUGGCCUUAGGAAAGGAAUAAAGAAUAAAAAGCAGCCCCUUAAGCUUGCAAGGCGAAUUUACCAAGUGAGCCACCCUCCGUUAUUAGUGUAAGUGUUUGUCUUUUAAGGCUGUUUGUCUUCCUAUCUCGCAGUGCUAGGGAUUAAGCCCGGUGCCCUGCAAGCACUGCCAGGCGCUGCAUUACUGAGCUCUAACCCUGCCAAUUUUUUUUGUUGUCGUUUUUUUUUUUUUUAAGUAUCACUUAUUGACAUAUAAUGCUUUAAUGUGUUUUUACAAAUUUAUACAUAAAGAUAUUUGUGCACUCUG